AGGAAAAAAAGUUUACAAAUUAACUGUUUUCGUGUUUUGAUUUAGUUUCGAAACAUGAAUAGUAGUUUUCGAAGACAAUUGGACCAUUUAAAAUACAAAAUGGGAUCCGGAUAUAAAUAUCACCGAUUGGACUCACGAAUAAACAUCAACAAACGAAAGCUGCUGCUGGUUUCAGGCUUAGCCGCGAUCGUAGUGAUAGCAAUAGUACUAGGUCUGUAUUUUGGUUUGAAAGGUAGCAAAGAUGACGAGACGCGGAAUCUUACCGGUGGAGCAGUGACAUCCAAUGGUGCAGAAUGUGCAGAGAUUGGAGCAAAUAUUCUGCGUCAAAAUGGGUCUGCUGCGGACGCUGCAAUCGCAGUUUUGUUUUGCGAGGGUGUCACCUGUCCUCAGAGUGCUGGAAUAGGAGGCGGAUUUUUCUUAACCUUCUACGAUCGUAGUACUAGAAUCGCUCAAACGUUAGACGCUCGGGAAGUUGCACCCGCUGCUGCAACAAAAAACAUGUACGCAAACAAAUCGAAUGCAGCCGUCGAAGGAGGCUUAGCUGUUGCCGUACCUGGAGAAGUCAAAGGCUACUGGGCUGUACAUCAAAAGUAUGGCAAACUUGACUGGAAAUCUUUGAUCCAACCUACUAUUGAUCUCUGUAGAAGUGGGCAUCUUGUCACGGGCUACUUAGAUCGUAUUAUCAAAGCUCGUGAAGCGAAAAUCUUAGCAAUUCCUUCAUUGCGUGAAGUUUUCAUAAAUCCGGACACGAAUCAAACUUGGCGUGAAGGCGACCGUAUAAAGCGGUUGGUGUUGGCUGAUAGCCUUGAAAUAAUUGCACGAGAAGGUGCCGAUGCAUUAUACAGUAGUAACGGUACACUUCUACCGAAACUAAUGCGUGAUCUCAAGGGAUUUGGAAGUAUUCUAACUGAAAAAGACUUUUAUAGUUAUGAACCCCGUUGGUUACCACCAGCAUAUACUAAACUGAAAAACGACAAUCAUGUCUAUUCAAUGCCUCUACCAGGUAGUGGUCAUGUUCUAAAUUAUAUGCUGAACAUUCUAGAUGGAUAUGAUGAUCUAAACGUGAAUGAUCCUCUCACAUGGCAUCGCAUAGUUGAAAGUUUCAAACAUGGAUAUGGUUUGCGGACUAAACUCGGUGAUCCACCAUUUGUACCGGGAAUAGAGGAAUCACUGCGCAAGCUAACGAACAAAAAUUAUGCAGCAUUUAUACGCGAUGGUAUUUUAGAUGAUUCGACUUUCUCAGAUUACGAACACUACGGUGCGAUGUUUUCUAACGAAGAAGACCAUGGGACGGCACACAUAUCUGUCCUAGCUCCUAAUGGAGAUGCUGUAUCUGCUACCAGCACGAUCAACUAUGUAAAACCACGACGAAAGAAAAUUAUCGUUGCCCUGGUCAUCUUUGUUAUCCUGGUCGUUGCACUUUCCGGAGGAUUGUACUAUGGUCUUAAACACGAUUCACAGCACGUGGGUGCUGUUGUGGCUAACGGGCACGAAUGUGCUGCAAUUGGUGCUGAAAUUCUACGGAUCGGAGGAUCUGCUGCCGAUGCCGCCAUUGCUACACUUUUCUGCGAAGGAGUUACCUGCCCCCAGAGUAUGGGCCUAGGGGGUGGUUUUUUGCUGACAGUUUACGAUCGUGCUAACAAUCGGGUGGAAACUUUGAAUGCCAGGGAAACUGCUCCGGCUGCUGCCACGAUGAAUAUGUUUGUGGAGCAAAAGAAUUCCACAAGAGAUGAGCGAGGCCUUGUGAUUGCCGUUCCGGGAGAACUGAAAGGAUACUGGGUACUACACGAGCGUUAUGGAAAAUUAGAUUGGAGCACUCUGAUCCAACCUACUAUAGAUUUAUGCCGUAAGGGUCAUAUGGUUACCGGAUACCUAGAUAGGAUAUUGCAAAGGACCCAAGAUAGGAUUCUCACUGAACCAUCGCUUAGGGAAAUAUUUAUAAAUCCCGAAAACAAUAUGACUUGGAAAGAAGGUGACUACAUAAAGCGACUAGCACUAGCCGACAGUUUAGAAAUUAUCGCUAGCGAAGGAGUUCAUGCUUUGUAUAGCAGAAACGGAUCUUUACUUCCGAAAUUGAUGAAAGAUCUAAAUGGUUUUGAUAGCAUUUUGACUGAGGAAGAUUUUUAUAACUACGAACCAAAGUGGGAGCCACCGUCAACCUUGUCGAUUCGUGGUGGGAAUCAGGUACAUUCGUUCCCAUUACCUGGCAGCGGGACACUGGUGAAUUUUAUGCUUAGCGUUUUAGAUGGCUAUGAAGACCUGGAUCUCAAAGCUCCGAUCACGUGGCAUCGAGUGGUAGAGAGCUUCAAAUACGGUUAUGGUCUCCGAACGCGUGCUGGCGAUCCUAAAUUUGUCAAUCAAAUCGAAGGUCUGCUAGUGAAUCUGACCAGCGAUAGUUAUGCGACGUACGUUCGCAGCAAAAUCGACGACAAUCGCACCUUUACGGAUUACAGACACUAUGGGGCAGAAUUUGCCAACACCGAAGAUCAAGGAACGGCACAUGUAUCGGUUUUAGCCGCCAAUGGAGACGCAGUAUCUGCAACCAGCACCAUAAAUUAUCUAUUGGGAGCGAAAAUCCGGUCGCGAUCUACCGGAAUUAUUCUCAAUGAUGAGAUGGACGAUUUUUCGUCUCCUGGUGGAGUAAAUACGUACGGUCUUCCUCCAUCUCCAGCUAACUUCAUUAUCCCUGGAAAGCGACCCUUGUCAUCGAUGACACCUACCAUCGUCACAAGCGAGCAGAAUGGAGUUCGAAUGAUCAUUGGUGGGGCGGGCGGAUCACGUAUAACAAGUUCAACCGUCGCUCUUUUGUUCCGACACUUGUUCUUCGGGGAAGCCCUUGAAAGUACAAUGGCAGCCCCGCGUCUCCACCAUCAACUCGCUCCUAUGUAUGUUGAUUACGAAGUUGGAUUUGACGAAUCUAUCCUGGAAGGGUUGCGAAAGCGCGGCCAUGUUGUAAAAGAGAAAGGGCCAGAUGCUGGCUUUGCUGCUGCGACGGCCAUCACGAAGGAUGCACAGAACAAAGUGUCCGUUGCUUUUGAUCCACGGAGAGGGGGAAGUUCAGAAAUAGUAGGCUAGUUCUUGUGAAAUUUGCUGCACAAACAUGUACAUUAGACAAUUUAAUUCAAUUUUUAAGGCUGGACAAUAAACGAACACUAAGAGUGUUUUAAAUAAAAGACUAUAACGAAAA